AUGGGCAUAGUCCAGCCGGAUUUCCGCCAGUUCACAAAGGUGGGAUACGAGGGACGAUUGUCUGUGGUUUCUGAAUCACAAGUGCAUCAAGAUGGGCUCCAAAGAUAUCUGGUCCAGUUCACUUCCGGCGAGCUGAGCCGAGCCGAUGGUGUUGGAUUUGUCUUCUCCCAACGUCUGCCCUGUGCCAAGAACAUCCAGAGAAUAGUCUCAAUAUUUGUGAAUCAGCGAGGACGCAUUUGCAUGCGAGCAUUUGCGGAGCUCGAGAGGGCAUCCGCUUUCGUGAAACCGCUGGAACUUGGAGACUGUGUGGAAAUGGCAAUCGACCUGACAAACCAGGUCUGCUGCUUCAACAUCUGGGAAUGUACAGAUUCUGGCUGGCCAGAUUUGACCGGGAAGCCAGCUUCCAGCGCGGAGCUGAACUUCGGUGGCAGGAUGAGCAGCCUCAGUCAGGCAGGCUCCUGGCACGGCUAG